CUCAUCAUCCGCCACCAAUGACCAACACCGCAUCUCAACAGUAAAGCCCCAUCAUCAUGUCGGAGCAGAUUGUUUUGUUCGACCUGGCCAGCAAGGAGCCACGCAGCUGCUGGUCGCUCAACCCCUGGAAGACCCGGAUGCUUCUCAACUAUAAAGGCCUCGAUUACCGCACUGAAUGGGUGGAAUACCCCGACAUUCAACCCACCCUCUCCCCUCACCUCCCCCCAAACGGCAUUGACGUCCCCUACACAAUCCCCACCAUCCGCCUCCCAUCGGGCACCUACGUAACCGACUCGCGCAAGAUCGCCGCCGCCCUCGAGGAGGCCCACCCGUCACCGCCCAUCCACCUCGACUCCCCCACGCUCGCCAAGCUCGAGGACCUCAUGCGCCGCAUCAUGGUUGCCCUCCAGCCCGUCUACAUUCCGCUCGUGCCCAAGAGACUGCUCAACGAGGCCAGCCUGCCGCACUGGCACAGCACGCGGCCCCGGUGGGUCGGCACGUCGUCAAUUGACGAGUAUGAGCGGAUGAAUCCUGCUUCGGAGGCCUGGGAUCGGGCGGAGAAUUUUCUGAAGGAGGUUACGGGUUUGUUGAAGGCGCAAGCUGACGGGCCGUGCUUUUUGGGGAGAGAGGUGAGCUAUGCGGAUUUUGUGUGGGCUGGGUUUUUGAUCUUUUUGAGAAGGAUGGGGGAGGAUGUGUUGGAGGAGGGGUUGAGGAGGAGUGGGGAUAAGGAGGUGCAUGAGGCGCUGUUGAAGGGGCUGGAGCCGUGGACGAAGCGGUGUGAUUAUUGACGGGGGCAUUUAGUAGGAUCUAUCGGAAUGACAAGGUGGAAUUGGUACCUGGAUUGUUACUCUCAAGCUGUAUAGUAUGAAGUGGAAGCCAUGACAACCCCAAGAGUUAUGAGAGGACCAGCCCCUGCCGAAAGGCUCGCCACCACGCGCCAUACCUGCUGGUCCUCCCUCCACGGCCUGGUCUUGUGGAUGUGCCUCUCGUCC